GUCAUAACUGAAUGCACAACAGAGAUACCCUGUUUCCUGUUCAACACUUUCAUACUUACGUAAGUUCAGAGGAUUUUGAGCGGAUUAAAAAUGCUUCUUCCGCUUCUUAGUUGUUGGAUUAUUACAGGGAUCAUGGCAAGCAGCCCAUCAACGAUGCAUUAUGCACUGAAAAAUGGCUCAGUAUGUCUGCAUGUUCGAAAGUUGCCCCCUUAUGAAAGCGCUGCAUGGAAGAUCUCUGGGAAAAUUAUUGCUACUGACAGAAAAAUCAAUCCCAACUAUGAAAAGAGAGUGGUUUAUAGUCCUGGAAACCUCUCCUUGUGUAUAUAUGAGCUGAAUGAUGAAGACGCUGGCAUCUAUGAAGUCUCAAUCCAGGAUUCUAACUUUAAUGCAAUAUCAGAGAAGCACCACGUCAUUUUUGAAGAAAUGGUUCCAGUACCUGUGAUAGUAAUAUCUGUGCUUCAGUCCAACAUCUCUGGAUUCUGCAAGACCACAGGCAACUGCUCCAUCCAUGAUGACUGGCUGUCGUUCGUCUGUGAGGAAGACAGUUGCAGAACAUCUCAGAAGUCAUUCAGCAAGGUCAACAUGACCGUCUCCGCUGACAACACAGGUGUUAUCUGCAGCGCCAGCAACCAUGUCAGCAGAAAUAAUGCUUCCAAAAGCAUAGCAAUGUGUUACCAUGAAUCCAAACCUGGACAUGAAGAGGAAUUCACACAAUUCCCUAAAAUAGAAUUAAUUAUUGGAGUAUGUUGUUGUGGAGCGCUUCUUCUUUUUUGUGGUGUCAUUUUGGCAGCAGCGUGCCGUCAUUACAGGGUGAAGCAACAUGCUGCUCAAGUGAUACAGAGUCAGCCAAUGGAGGAUCAUCCACGAUCUGAGCCCAGGAUCUCCACGUCUUCCUCCAGUCAAGCUGAGGCCUCCUAUGAGAACGUGGACGUCUCACAACCCAACCAGACCAGCAGCCCGAGAGAGGAACUGGGCUCCAAGCAAAGUCACGAAAUAAAUACCACCUAUAGCGUUGUACAGAGGCCAAAAGCAGCUACCCGUCUUGGCAAAAGUGACAACAGCAACGAUAUGAAAGGACAUGAGAACAUACAAGAGGCUUUGACCUCAGAAUCAGUCGAUCUGGAUGAGACUCAGCGCUCCACGCAUGUUGACACAGUGUACACUGUGUUGCAGAAUCCGAAAAAUCUGAAGUCACAGCACCACCAAUAGGUGAAAGAAGUCAGAUGAUGUGUUCAGAAAGCUGUGCAAGCUGGAAUGAUGUCUUUGCACAUUUUCACACAUUAUGCAGUUAUUUUGUACAGUGAUAGUGUUUUGUAUUAAAGAAUUCAAGGUUCAUGUUUGAACUUUCUGUGGCAAUAAAAGUUACAUAAAGUCAAGUUCUAUUAAUCUAUUCAUGUACAAUGCACAUCUCAAAAACAUUCAACAAAUGAACAUCAAAAAAUUAAAUAUGCAUACUGCAUACAAUAAAAGAUAAGUGAACUCAGCUUAUUCAUAAUAGAAGACCCACCACUACAUCUUUGGGUCCACUUGGUAACAGAGAUAGUUCUUCAUUGCCUGUAUCCCAAAUGUAAAUAAACAGAUUUUCAGAUUUUUUUUGACAUGCAUGUGAGGUAGUGAAACGACACUUAUGUCAGACACCAGAGUCUAAAAUUUCAUAAAAACUUUAAUAAGACUGAGAACAUCUGAAGAUAUUUUAGGAGGGUAGUGUUCGUACAGACCACAGCUGCUGAUUCCAAAAUUGUUACAUCGAUCAUUAAAACACAUCGUUUUUCAGCAACUAAUGUGAUUUCAAAAGUUCAACAUACAGCACAAGAUGUUAAUAUGCAUAAUGUCUCAUGGUGGAAAGCAACUAAGCAGAUUUAUUUUAGUAAUGUACUUUAGUAUAAUUUUGAGGUACAUGAGUGUUUCCAUGUAUGCUGCGCUAUAUGUCCAAGCUUUUAAAAAAUCAAACACUGAAAAAAAUAAACAAGUGUUUCCCACAUUUUGGGCUUCUUAAAAACAAAAAAGUGCGUAGUCGGGGUCACAUUUCAGAUGUCUAUGAGCUGUGAA